AUGGGCCUCUACCAGACCCCCCAGCAUGCAGGCAGCGUCCCCAUCGCCGGCUGGUACACCCAGAACCCUGAGGGCUACGGGAACCAACUUCGGAGCGCCGCCCAGCUAGACAGCUUGCGGUGCCGGCGGGGCCCCAGCUGCUCCUCGUCUCCGUCUCACACGCUUCCGGACGCCGUGCUCCAGAAAAGGAUCAGAAAGAGGAGGGAAAACAGGAAGGGAGUUGUGGAUACGCAAGAAUUUAACUUAGAAGAGGCUCAGCUGGAGGUCCACCGGUUUGGGAUCCCGGGUUACGGAAAAGGAAAGGAGAGAGCCCUGGAACCGGAACGCGCCAGCCUGCUGGGUGCUCAGCCGCCAAAGAGUUCUGUGAAUUACAAGGUUUUGCAGGAGCAUAUUAAGGGAAAAAAGGCAGCGACGGAAGAAGAAAAGAGAAUGGCCCAGGACUCCGAUAUUUUCAAGAAAAAGAAAAGGAAGGGGCGGGAAGACAGGAAAUCCAAACAGAAGCGAUCAGCUCCCAGCAUUUUGUCAAGUGGGUGGGUUGAACAGGUUGGAAAAUUCAAAAAUGGGACCUUGAUUCUGAGCCAAGUUGAUACCAAGAAAACAAAUUCUUCCCAAGUGGCUAAAUGA